UUGAACUUUCCUGGAGUGCUGCGGCCCCAACCUGUGCAGGAUGGACCCUGUCGUUCUCAGUUACAUGGACAGUUUGCUGAGGCAGUCGGAUGUUGCCUUGCUGGACCCCCCAAACUGGCUUAACGAUCACAUCAUCGGGUUUGCCUUCGAGUACUUCGCCAACCACCAGUUCCAAGAAUUUAGUGAUCAGGUUUGUUUUAUCAGCCCCGAAGUAGCUCAGUUCAUUAAAUGUGCCCUUAGUCAGGAAGAAAUAGCCAUAUUCCUUCAACCGCUGGACCUUCUCCACAAGAAGCUGGUGUUCUUGCCUAUCAAUGAUAACUCCAACCAGGUCGCUGGGGGCACCCACUGGAGCUUACUGGUUUAUUUCAGGGACAAAAAGUGCUUCGCCCAUUACGAUUCCCACAGUAAAUGCAACUCCGUCCACGCCAAGCAAGUGGCGGGGAAGCUGGACGCCUUCCUGGGCAAAAGAGGGGGCAAAGCAACCUUCCUGGAGGAGAAGGCGCCUGCCCAGCAGAACAGCUAUGACUGCGGGAUGUACGUCAUCUGCAACGCGGAGGCUCUGUGUCAGGGAUACUUCAGGGGCCGGCCGGAGCCUUUGCUGCAGCUCCUCACUCCCUCCUACAUCACGCAGAAGAGAUCGGAGUGGAAAGCUCUCGUCACAAAACUGGCGCAGAAGUGA